AUGCUAGUAGAGAGUGUAGUGUGUUGGUGUACAUUUUGGAAGGAUGCAUUACUGCGCAUGCCUGUAGAAACCGAGGAAGUGACUGAAUUUGAAUGUGCGUCACGUGUGUGUACAGUGUUGUCGAUGACAGAAGAAACUCCCGGAGGCGGUUAUCUUGCCCGAGGGCAAUAUGUAACGCAAGAGUUCUCUCGUACUCCUUCAAGAAUGGAGGGUCAGACUUCAGUAGAUGUGACUGAGGAAGAUGAUGCCAUUGAAAUGCCUGAAACAAAUGUGCGAUGCCAAUCCGCGAUGGUUCCACCUGUGUGUAUUCCAACAGUUGACAGUCUUUCUCUCGGUUCUUCUUCCUCUUCUCGAAGUACAUCUGUGAUAACAUCUCAUAGUCAAGAAAUUCACUUGCCACAAAAUCUAAGUGAUUGGGAACAAAACGGACUGAAAGAUAACAGCGGGACGUUGCAGGUUGCUACUUUGAAAAGAUUUAAAACUACAGUUGCAUUGCUACCCGAAAUUUCGGUAGUUGAAGUAAUAGGUGACAACACAGAUGAAAUGGUUUCUCAGGGUCUCAAAGUCGUUCCAUCUUCUUGGCUGGUCUCCAAGGCUCAGAGUUUGGACGGUACAGACUCGGAAUGUAUGACGCCUGAAAUGAAGUGGCAAUCCCGAGCAGUUACUUGGAAGAACACCAUAGCAAAGAAUGCUCAGCACGGAAAGGUUCUUGACUGUCAAGAGAUCCGCUCUUGCACAGAGAUUCCCAGGCCACUUCUCACUGAUAUCCUGGAAGAGGCCGUUCCUGUCGUCCAGAAAGCAGCUGAAAUUUACAAACGCGAGCUUGGAGCACGCGAUCCAUUGACAACACAAGCCGUAGAGCACCUGAAGAAGCUGAGACAGCGACUCGACAAGCUGAACAUGCAGUAGACAUGAUCCAUGCGCCAGAAAUAAUAAGUGA